AUGGCCACCACCGGCACCACCAAUCCGCAAACCGCCAAGAAUAUGUACAGAGUUGGAGAUUACGUCUACAUCGAGACGAGCAACGAUGCGCCGUAUGCGAUCCGGCGAAUCGAGGAGCUUGUCAAGAAUGCGAAUAACUCGGUGGAGGCUCGGGUGACGUGUUUUUAUCGACGCAGAGACAUUGAGAAGAUGUUGUUGAAAGUCGCCGACACUGCAGAGAGGAAAUUCGAGGAAUAUUACGAUCGGGAGGAGAAGAAAGAUGAGGUGAAACCGACGACAAAUGGCGAGACAGAAAAGGGGGUCAAGAAAGAAGAGAUCGAGAAAUCGGAGGAAAUUCCUCAAAAUGGAUCCUCAUCGAAAACAGAUGAACUUGAAGAGAAGAAGGUGGAUGAAGGGAAAGCGAAAGAAGAUAAGGAAGAGAAUGAUGGAGUUGAGGAAUUGAGGAGAGAAUGGGGCAAUGCUGGAUUGCCGCUAGGAGCUGAUAAACUCAAUGGCACACAACGACACUUAUUCAGACAACGCGAGCUUUUCCUCUCUCGUCACCAAGAGACGGUCUCGUGUAAUUGGAUUCGUGGACGCUGUAUGGUGACACUGCUGAACGAGGUCGAAGAUCUCGAUUGCUAUCAAAAAGAUGAUUGUUUUUUUUAUUCUCUUGUCUAUGAUGCGGCUAAUUUGACACUUUUGGCUGAUAAAGGAACGAUUCGAGUUGGAAACAAAUAUCAAGCUGAGAUUCCUGAAAAUGUAAAGGAAGAAGAAGAGGACGAAAAUAAAGAAAAUGGUGACGCUUUGGUGAUUGAUGAGGAAGCGCAAGAGGAUGCGCAAGAGGAAGCACAAGAAGCCACAUCACAAGAUGGCGCUCAUCGCAAGAUGGCGCUCACCGAGAGAGAGCGUAUCAUCUUCCAUCCGAAACACUCGCUCACCGAUCAAGAGAUCGAUCAAUUUCUCAUCAUCGCUAGAGCCGUUGGCACAUUCUCGCGAGCACUGGACACGAACAGUUCGACUCGAUUCCCAACUCUUCACAUGGUUGCCGCCGCCGCCAGUCGAGAUGUCACUCUUUUUCACGCUUUAGCUCUUCUCCAUCAAGCGAAAUACGAUUUGGGACAGGCAGUUCGAUACUUGUGCCCACCAUGCAACAAAGACACAUAUCCAUUCGAAGCCGAAAAGGCCACCGGUCUCCACACGACAUCGCUAGGAGGACCGAUCUUGUGCCGGGAUCAAUUAGAGGAGUGGUCGACGGCAGAGUCGAAUCUCUUUGAGGAAGCCUUAGAGAAAUAUGGCAAAGAUUUUCACGAUAUGCGAAACGAUUAUCUUCCAUGGAAAUCGGUUCGAGAUCUUGUUGAAUAUUAUUAUAUGUGGAAAACAACGAAUCGUUAUCAAGAAAGUAAAAAGCAAAAAACCCAGGAUCAGGAAAGCAAAUUGAAACAGGUUUACAUCCCCGCGUACAGCAAGCCAAAUCAAAAUCUUCAAUCGAACUCGACCACCGGUGUGCCGAUCAAGGGGCCGAAAGCGUGCGAGAGUUGUCAGAAAGAGGAAUCGUUGCAAUGGUUUAAAUGGGGUCCCCAGUCGGCAUCGCUGUUCAUCUGUCAGGAUUGUCAGGGAAUUUGGAAGAAGCUCGCCUCGAUCAAUCAACCACAUCAACACGAUAUUUACGAUAUGAAAGAGCCAGAAAGAGAAGUCGCAGCGAAAACCGCGCUCGCAAACGCUGAUAAAAGUGGAGCAUCGCGCGUUCAACCACUAAACCGAGGCGGCAGCGGAUUAGUUAUCGCAAGCGUUCCAUCCAACCAUCCAGCACUACAAGCGUCAAGAGCCACUGCUGAGGCUGGCGGUUCGCUAAACGCUCAAAUCGCUGCUGCCACCGCCGCUCAAAUCUCGAUGCUGCGAGGAGCCGCAUCGAAUGAGGGUGCACUCAAUUUGACCACUUCGGGCUCAUCGGCUGCUGAUCCAAAAGGCGCUGGAAAAAAUCGAAUCGGUUUCACGAUGGUCACAAAUGUUUUGGGGAAACUGGCGCGCAAAUUGGUGUCGAAAGAGGUGCUGAAUUUGCGUCGCUCAGCUCGACGACCGUUCAAAGAUCUCAAAUCGAACGAGAUUCGGGAUUCCGUGAUCCGCACCGAGCCGGCGAGACUCUACCAGGCGGCCAACACCAUUCGCGCAAUGACCCCGCAACAAUUCGUGACGGUCUACCAAAGUUUUAUGGGCAUCACCGGCGCCGCCAAGCGACCAGCCACCGAUCCCGUCGGUGCUCCAGCAGCUAAACGGGCAGCU